AUGCGCUGUACUUCAACACGGCAGAUGAAUGAUCCGGAUGAUCCUUCAAAACUGUCCCUUGAGGCUUCGCAAGUACCGUCGGAGGAUGGACGCGAGUUCAUGGGCAAGAAGGGCACAAAACUGUUUCAGCAGGAGGUGGCCAAACGAGCCCGUGAACACAAAACGAUGUCUGAGCAGGAGAAUCAGUCACGUAAGGAGGGGGCGGCCGAACAGCGAUCCUAA